AUGUAUUAUGCUAGUGAUGGAAAAACUUGUCAACAUCAAUAUGGUGGUAUUGGAGAAUAUAUAUCAAGCUGUUCAAAUUACAAUUUAUCUAAUAAUCUAAAAAAUGGAAAUGAUAUGCAUUAUUGUUCUGUUCGAAGAACACAUUAUCCUUCUAAUAUAUUAAUUACCAAUACUCCACAAGUUAUAAGAAUUAAUUUGAUACAUCAAAUUAGAAAUCAAAUUACUAUUAGUUGUCAUGCAGAUUAUCAAAUACUAAAGACUAUUAAAGGAAAAUUACUAUUUUCAUUAAAUGGUGCUAAUAAGGAAGAACUAAAUAAAGCAUUGCUAAAUAGUAGAGAGAUUUGUAAUUCUAAAAAAUUAGAAAGGUUUGUCAUUUAUGAGAAUAGAAGACUAAAAGAUUAUACAGACCUAUGGACAAUUCUGCAUUAUUUAGUUAAAAAAAUUUUAAAACCUAAAGGUUAUAUCUUAUUUUAUCAACAACCAAAUUUAUCUAAACCUGAAAAUUCUGCAGAACAUUACUAUCAGUUGAUAGUAUUUGAUGAGUUUUGGUUAUGUAAUGACUGA